AUGCGCCUUCUCAAAACCGGUGCGUUUGUGCGGCAAGCGCGAUCAGCUCGCAUCUGCACCUCCUACACAUUGGCAGCUCAACCCGUCUGUCCCCCAUCUCUUCAAUACUCUCGCUCAAUUCCUCAUUCUCAGACUCCGGCUACCAUCAGAUGGUCCAGCACUCAGACCGUGACUCAACCCUUCCCAGAGCAGUCGGUCCCGCCUUUCAGAGAAGUUGACCCCUCUAAAACUGCCACUCAAUCGUCCUCUCCUACCUCCGACGAUACUGCCUUCAAAGAACACCUUCAAACCAUCGGGAAAGAAAGCAAGAUUGUUCAUGAGUCCGGCAAGUCUGGCUCCCUCAUAUUGGGCAAGCCUUAUCUAUUUGACCAAACCACCAAUGUUCCACAAUCUAUUCUCGACCUGGUUGGCAGAAACCUUUACGACAACCCCGACCACCCUCUCUGUAUCACCCGCAAGCUGAUAGAAUCUUGUUUCCCAUCUCCGGAAUUCAAUCAUUUCAUCCAAGCAGACCCUGUUGUAUCUGUUCACGACAACUUCGACGUCCUUGGUUUCCCUAAGGACCACCCUGGUCGUUCCAGAACCGAUACCUACUAUCUCAAUUCCUCUCAUCUUCUACGAACACACACCUCUGCCCAUCAACAUGCCGCUUUCAAAUCUCUCGCUCCUGAGGACGGGUCCGUCACUUCAGGCUACACCAUCUGUGCAGAUGUUUAUCGCCGAGACAGCAUCGACAAGAGCCACUUUCCCAUCUUCCAUCAAAUGGAGGGUGCCAAGGUUUGGGCCUUGGAUGGCGAUAUCUCCCAAACACGAUACAAUCGAAUGCUUUCUCGCACUCAAAAAAUCGCCACCGAUUUGAGAAACCUCCCUCAGACCGACUUCCUCGUGACUGAGCAGAACGACAACUACCACCCGGAAACCAAUCCUAUACAAGAGGAGCACGACAAAAAGGAGACCGUUCUACUCGCCAGACACCUCAAACGUAGUCUCGAAUUCCUCAUUGAAUCCAUCUUCCGUGCUGCACAAAGCGCCUCCAACCAAACCACCUCGGGAAAUGCUCCGAUAAAGGCACGAUGGAUCGAAGCAUACUUCCCGUUCACAUCCCCUUCGUAUGAAAUAGAAGUCGAAUGGAACAACACAUGGCUCGAGUUGCUUGGUUGUGGUAUCGUGCAACAUCCAAUAUUGAACCAAGCUGGUUUACGUGAACAUGUUGGGUGGGCAUGGGGUCUGGGUAUCGAACGCUUCGCCAUGCUUCUCUUUGGAAUUCCUGACAUUCGUCUUUUCUGGUCAACCGACCCACGUUUCCUCAAGCAGUUCUCUCAAGGCAAGAUCACUCAAUUCGAACCUUUCAGCAAAUUUCCCGCGUGUUACAAGGAUAUUGCUUUCUGGAUUCGUUCUGCUCCUGCCAGCAGUACCCCUGUAAAUUCGAAUCUUGGAUCUUCCGGUGUAGCUGCUGCCGCAGGAGGUGAUGCCACCAAGGCAUCCCCAGCCGAGACUCAGCCUGCUGCAUUCCAUGAAAAUGACAUUAUGGAAGUGGUACGUGAUGUCGCUGGUAGUCUAGCUGAAGAUGUCACCCUCGUAGACGAAUUCGUCCAUCCCAGUAGUGGGCGUAAGAGUCUUUGCUACCGAAUCAAUUAUCGCAGUCUCGAGCGAACCUUACAGAAUGAUGAGGUCAAUGCUCUGCAUGAUGAAGUCGGUAAAAGAAUGGUUGGACUGCAUGGGGUUGAAUUGAGAUAG